AUGACAGAAGGGAACUCUACCGAUAAAAAGGAUGAUGACGAGCGCCUGAAGAAACUAAUGAAGGCUGCCACGGGGUGUGACAACGUGGACGAAGUUCGCAAGAAGACUCUCGUUGCUCGAGAUUCCAUGUCAGUAGAUUCCGCCAAGGAAUUCUUGACAGGUAUGGAGGAUGAUGAUGAAAACGUUGGGGUGAAUCGGAAUGCUGGUGGCAAGCCAAAAGUCAUUGCUCCCAGUCCGAAGGAUGACGAGGUAUUGAAAACUCUCUCUCUUUCGGGACCUGCACCAAAGCCCCCAACUCCUCGCACUGUGGUACACCCACCAUCAGCUCAAGCUAUGCCCUCUUCUGAUGACAACUUAGAAACUUUGGACCAAAGAUCAACUCUGAUCGACUCUAGUACACCACAACAGCAUAUUCCUUCCUCAGAACAGAAAGAGCAAAAUUUGACAAGAAAGACAUCCUCCACUAUAAUAAUGCCUACAGAUUCCAGAGACAGCGAUUUGGACUACACAUGGAUAUCAAGAAUAUACGCUCUUGGUAGCUUAUUGUCCCUUGUCUUUUAUCUCCUGGAAAAAUAUGGAUCUCGGCCUCAAAAAUCCUUUGUUGCCAACUUGAAUGAUGUCUACAUUGUAUUCUUGCCCUACAUUCCGUGCCUUGUAUGGACCUUGCUGAGAUUGAAUCAACGACGAAAAGAAUCGGUGCCAACAACUGAUACAGCAAAGAAAGAACAAUAA